AUUUUAGAUAAGACCACUUUGGUGAACCAUACUCUCGGCUUUACCCUAAUGGUUCGGUCAGAUUCCUGCUAGACGAAAUAAUCAUUCGUCUGGAAUUCGUUUGUGGAAUGCCGCGCAGCCCCUUUUUCUCAAGGAUCAGUCGGGGUAGAAAAUGAAGGCGUCCAUUGUUGCUUGCCAUGCGCUGGGACCUGUGCAGCGAGCAGGUAAAAUAUCACCUACAUAAAGUUUUCACGGUGGGCAGGUAUGCGGGUGGGUGUUUGUUCAGGUAUCCUGAGACCUGGGACCGCUGGCAGCCCCCCUCCGGAAGAAAUGGAGCCGAGGACCACUAGGAGUAGCCUUCGCAUGCCUCGUCGAAGGAGAGAAUCAUGCGUGCCGGGGUUUUCGUCGUGGAUAUAAGCAACCCGGGGUACGGGGACGACCGACUCUCUCUUUGACCCUCACCAAGAGCUCGUCUACCUAGUGCUUAUACAUAAUUCCAUUCUUCGUCGUCCUUUCGUUUUGGAACAACGCGCGCUGCACCGUCGCUGUCUAUCGGAGCGUUGUGUUACGUAGAUUACCAAAAUUUUAUACUCAUCUUAUUCUUAGUUUGUACAUGCUUAAGAAAAUUUUUCAUUCAGGUCAAACGUGAGAAAAUAUUUCAUAUCUAUGAUUCUCAUCCCGGGAGAUGUGAUUUAAGCAUUUUAAUUAUUUUCAAAUGUGUUUUCAACAUUUGUGAUUAAAUUCAGUGUUUCGCAGUUAAUGUGUGAUGCUUUACCAUAAGGAGAAUCAAAAUGGAUAUCAAAAUUAAUUCUACCUGGGUGGCUCUUGUUCUUGCCAUUCUCGUUUUCGACAUCCCGACGAGUUCAGCUGGUCACAGGAAUCGCGGAUCGGGAAGAAUCUCUUACAGAAGUCACAAUCGACGGGAAGUUCGCGACUACCUCGCCCCACCAUCACAAGACGCUUUCUACACGAGCUACGGAACUAAGUCGCGUCAGCCGCCUCCGCUGAUACCCUAUCGACCUGGCAGAUACUUGGAUCCUCCUCCAACUCCGUCGACCGAAGCACCGGGCUACUUUUCUAGGUUCAUAAGCUGGAUUAAUCCAUUCGGAGGAACAACUACUGCCGCGCCAAUCAGCUACUUACCUCCAGAGGGCAAAUUGAUAGAAAAAAAAUACAAGCCAUGCAACAGCGUACCUUGGAAUCCAAUGCCAAAUAUUGGUCAGCACGAUGCAUACCACUCAGGCACGACGAACGUCGAGAUCCAACCUAGCGUUGGCCAGGAGGGGAAAAACGACGGUGGGUCAAUCAAAUCGAGCUACUCGGAAGGUAUCCGUAUUCCCGACUUCAGCUAUGGACGUCCCACCAGCUCAGUACCCGAAGGUUUGCAACCGCCACCGGCGGAAUUGAGCACAUCACUACCGAUUCCAUUUCCUCAUUUAUACCCGGGCCCAAUGCCACCCCUCUUCAAGGCCAAGCCGUUCCAGUCUUUGCCUGAGUUCUUUCAGCCAACGCCUUCGAUCCAGCUGACAUCAGGUCUGCCAGACUUCACUGACCAGUCAUUACCGAACUUUUCUGGCCACGAGCAACAGCAUCAUGACGAUGGACACGUGGACGUUCUGCCCCCAGGUGCAGAGGUCGAUAUUUCGGGACAUGAUAGCGAAAUUCGCGACACGCCACCCCCUGGAUACGGGGUGCCGUCUUUCGAGAAUGAAGGGUAUCAUGGAAUCGAGUACGGAAGCAGCACGCUGAACGUUGACCAGUCAAAAACAGUUACAGCUAGCUACAAUGUCCAACCCCCAGUGACCGUUGAGGUGAUUCAUAGCGUUCCUGCAGCUGAAUUUUCAGCGUCGGUCGAGCACCCUGUACACUACGAGGAGUCACCGAUUAUCGAUCUGAGCAAAGACGAUCAGAAGGGAACCCAGGGUCGGGGGCAGCAGAAUGGCGGCAGUGAUUAUACGCCUGGAUUAAAUCCUCCACCGAAUGAAGCUGUCCAGUCCUACAACAGUAAUGGCGGAAACUUACUUGCAGCGGACGCAGCGAAGAACGAAGGCCCUGAAAACUUCUACGGAAGUUCCCUGAACACUAAUUCACCCGUGGACUCACUGGUUGCUUCGUCUUCUACAAACGGGACCAUUUCUUCUACCACACCGUCUUACAGCAUUCCAAGUGUUGGCGGGCUCCCCGUCAGUCAGGAAACCGGCAAAUCAAAUGCAUAUGAAAGCUUUCCACCCUCGACGGAGAAAUUUUUAAUAUCCGUCCAUGAUCCAGAGCAGAAUUCUCAAGACCAGAGCAAACAGCUGCUGAAUGGCUCUACUCUUCAACAGCAGACUUCGCAGAAUCAUGGAAACGUCGUUGACAGCUAUCAACAGAACAUAGAACGACCGUCCAGUGGUCAAUCAGCCGUCAUCCAAAAUCCAGAACCUCUUGUCUCAUAUCGUCCCGAUUCGCUCUACGUACCUUAUCCCCCGUAUUCUGUCACUAACACCCCACAGGCAGACGUGACAUCCAUUGGAAGCUCCCAGUCGCCUGCAAGCAUUGGUCCAACCACCGAGGAGCCAUUCUUAGAUGCUCUGCUCAAGUCGUAUAACAAUUUCAAGCACGAGAUGGCUGUCAAGGAUUAUCAGGAAAGACUGAGGGCAGAGAUCCAACAGAACCUGGGAUCAUGGGAUUCGCCUACGCUCGGUGGCACGACUUGGGUCUCGCAACCGCAGCCGAGUUUCGCAGUGCCAGGGAGCAUGAAUCCCAGCAUUUUGCCCGGUGGGAAUACGAUGAACUCCCAGAAUCAGCAGCAACAGUCGGGAGCCAAAAAAAACAAGAAGGUACAGAUCAUAAUUCCUUACACCUCGCAGUACACGCCUAGUCCGUUCCAGCCCAUUGCGGAUGAUUGGAGUGGCCGCGGCCCCCUUGAGCAGACUCAAGGAAGGAAGGUUCCUAUCAAUGAUGAAGCAUAUCACAACUAUGUUGGGCAAGAGUCCCAGAAGGUUGAGGUCAAGAGGCCAUUAAGGCCCUUGGAAAACCUGUUAUCUAAAGAAAUUUCCCAGAAACCACUUGUCAAGCAGGCGAAUAAUUCAAUCGACGUCACAAGGCUUCAGAAAAACAUCGACAACUGGACUAUUCAGGAAUAUUCGCGUGGAAUCACUUCGAGCACCGCUCUCCCCAGUUCUUCGCAUCCCUACCUUCUCCCGUCUAAGAAAAUACCAAACGAAUACUUCACCAGCACCCAAUCCUCGGCUCCCCAGGAAAGGAUUGACACGAAUCAAUCUGAUUUACCCGGCCUUAACUACAACGAUCUCGAUCACGAAGGUGCUGCAAGUGGCCGCGUUGAUGUUCCUCAUAUUCAGGUCUUACGCGUUGAGAACGUUCCUAAGUCAAAUGAGACUGAGAAAAGCCUGUUGACCAUGUCUACGACAACAGAGAGUUCAACCCCCGCAUCGUCACCUUCAUCUUUCGCAUCGACGUCACCAACGACGACGACGACUCAACAGUCAUGGGCUGAGCUUCCGGUGUCUAUUUCACCGCACAACAACGAACGAGUUUACGUCGUCACCCCACAGCCGGUGAGAACGUCCAAAUCAGAAAAAUAUGAGGUAAUCGAGAGAGCCUACCAGGUGCUGCCCCAGGCGGUAAAUAAUCUGGCAUCCGCGUCCGUGAGCACUCGUGAAGAUUCACCCCUUUGGGGAAUCAUGGAACACGAAAAAUACGCGAGAAACGAAGAAGAAAAUCAAAACGCAACCAUCCCGAUUCUCUACUCCGGACAUUCUAAGGUUUCCAACGCGAAACACUGACCAUCUUGAAGGAUGACCCAUGGCUGCUCAAACUGUCGAAGUAACUUACGAUUGUAACAAUUUACGAGUGAACGUGAAGCUUAUAUAGUAUUUAUACGUAGAUAAAAUAUGAUAUUGUGAUUCUUGUGCGAAUGAUUUGUGCAUGAUAUAGAUGGACAACUUAGAUUGCCUACAAUAAGACUGUGUUUUAACAUUAAUAUAGUUCAUAACGUAGAUUCUAGGUAGAUUAUAUUAAUCCUAUGCUUACAAUGUAAAUGCGCAAUAUUAUGCCAUGUGUAUAUUUCUCGUGCGGCAAGUUUUCCUUUUUCUAGCUCAAAAGGACCUCGUGGCCAGUUGUAUAAUUUACUGUACACAUGUACUCUACACAUACACAAUAAAGUUGAGAUAAGUAAACGGAGAAUUUCCAAGCUUCAGUAAUACGUGCCUUUCAAACGUAGAUAUUUGUAAUCCUCUUCUGUCGCUGCUUCUACCAGUCAUCAACUUGAUCGUCUGACAACUUGAUGGCAUAAAGAUUUACAGCACUAACGUAACCACUAGUCGCUAUCGCAAAGCGCUUUCUCUGUUCGCCAUUAAAUCGGUUCACACUUUAAUUUGCAUUGCUUGCUGUUCGUGUUUUAUUCAUUCAGAUAAAAAAAA